UUAAAUUUUGGUCGAAUUUUGGCAGAUUUUUGGUAGUUUUUUUUGUUGCUAUUGUCAUGGACACCAUGUCCCCGCCCCUCAUCACAGUAGACAACGUCAGUAACCCGCCGGAACAGCAGGGGAUUGUGGGGGUUGCCCAUGACGACCACCUGGGCAGCCUGAAGGCUCUGACGGAGAAGCUUCGGCUGGAGACGCGGCGGCCGUCGUACCUGGCCUGGAAGGCGCACCUGGAGGCCUGGGGUUCGAGGGGCCCCCGGGCCGCGGAGGCGCCGCUGGGGCCCGGCCAGCAGGAGGCGCUGUGCCCCCUGAGGCAGCCCGAACCCAACCCCCCCGCCGCCGACACCGCCACCCCCCCCACCGGACUCAAGGGGUUCGGGAACAUCGACGAGGCCCUCGUCUGGCUCAGGAAGGAACUGACAGAGAUGCGGCUGCAGGAUCAGCAACUGGCCAGGCAGCUGAUGCGUCUGCGCAGUGACAUCAUCAAACUGAAGAUUGAGCAGACGUGCCACCUACACCGCUCCAUGCUCAACGACGCCACCUACGGGCUGGAGGAGCGGGACGAGCUGUCCGACCUGCUGUGCGACUUCCCGCUGACGCCCGGCUUCGGCCUGUCCACCCCGCUGCGGCUCAUCGGCGUCACCAAGAUGAACAUCAACUCCCGCCGCUUCUCCCUCUGCUAGUGCCGCGCCGCAGCGCUACUACAGCGCUAACACAGCACUGCUACAACACACAAUGCUAACACAAUGCUACCACAACGCUAACACUGCACUGCUACAACACACAAUGCUAACACAGUGCUACCACGACAGUACCACAAUGCCAACACAACAGUACCAUAACGCUACCACAAUGCUAACACAACAGUACCACAACGCUAACACAACGCUACUACAAUGCUAACACAGCACUGCUACAACACACAAUGCUAACGCAGUGCUACCACGACAGUACCACAAUGCCAACACAACAGUACCAUAACGCUACCACAAUGCUAACACAACAGUACCACAACACUACUACAGCGCUAACACAAUGCUAACAACACUAUAACGCUACCACUGCUCUACCACAACGCUGCUGCAACGCUAACACAACACCACAGUGCCAAGACAACACCACACUGCUACAGCACCAACACAACACUACAACACCACCACAAUGCUAACACUACAGUAGUACAACACCUCAACACUACCAUAACACCACACUAUCACACUACUUGCCUAUAACAUCACAACACUGCUACACCACCACAACAGUAUUAGUGACAGACUUGUUGACAAGUGCCCAAUUCCUGUGCAUGUUCCCUGGGAUCCCUGUGGGUGCCAGAAUCUUUCAUAACCCCCAACCCCAUCCAUGCACAGCUGGGGUCAUGAUUCGCCUGUGAGUAAAGCAACUGGACAAAUGGUUGAGUCCCAAUGUUAUGGACAGAGAUGAGAGAUUUCAGGUACACCCCGUCAGCAUGGCUCGUCACACUGCGUUUUCAUGUCUUGGACUACAGUUCCCACCAUCCUUUGGGAACUCCAUCUCUGACACAGGAAGUAUAUGUACAAUGCUGGUGUGACACUGCCAACUGUUCAGCCAAAGUCAGGUACUGAAACCCUGGCAAAUUACUGCAUUAUGUUUUUUAUGAGACAAUCUGUGCUACUGAGACAGUACUUGUUUAUAAAGGUUUUCCCUGUAACUAAGCAAUUUUGAGAGAAGCAUACACAGAGGUACAGCUCUAUGCUUUUUAUAGUACUACAUAUUAUAUUAAACUACAGAAAAUAUUGUCAAAUGAGUUUGUUGAUAUGUCAUAAUAAAUAGAAGUAGUCUCUUCAGUUGGAUCAAUAAUGUUCUCCUCUGUUCCACCCUGUUAGACAAAUGGGUAAUUUAUA